AUGCCCACCGACCGUGUAUGCGUCAUGAAAGCAGGUGCCUUCCAGGCUGUCGAAUUCCGAAGUUCUAGCCAGGGUUUCAUUUACCUAGGUAAAUGGCAGCUGCGUCAUACCUACACCCCGCAAUGGCUUGAGAAUUGUUGUUGCCAGAGAACUAAGCAUUCAGAAAAUGGAAUCUUGCUACCUAAGGUAUUUACAAAGAACCUCUUGUCGAACAUCCCUCCAGAAAAGGACAGAUCAUCAACUUAUUGGUGGAUGAGGGCUCUUAUCGCUCUCGAGAAUCUGGCAACAAGCCAGCAGUCACCGACACUUGGACUCUGCCUGAGUCACAUAAUUGGCUGUCGUUUGAUUUCCAGCGGUCGGAGACAUGACCAGGAAGAAACCAGUGCAGCGGCUUAUCGUCAUGAGGCUCAUGAGUACUCCUAA